CAGGCGUUAAGCGACGCGCGAUUCCCAAUCAAACUUUGUAAACAUUUAAUUUAAUCAACGGAGCUGUAAUUAAGCCACGAUGUCGCACCUAAUGCCACGACGGACCAGCGAGUUCCGUGCCGAUGUACUGGACGAGCGCGGUACUACCGAUAAGCGGCAAACCAGGACAACGAAGCGCAGUGUAGCCACGCACACUCCGUCCUCCAGCCAGGCGGUCCCCAGAAGGCCCUCCGCAUCGCGUCUGCCACAGCCGCUGAACUUGGAGCGGGAUCGGGCCAGUCAAAUGGGCGUGACGCCGAAGCGAGGUCCCCGAUUUGUGCCCUCCACCGCAGAGCGCGCCAUUGCGCCACACUCCGACAAGAAAUGGGUAGCGGAGCGGGCACAGCAGAUCCUGGAAUACCUACACGACAUUCAGCAUAGCGAGGCGCCCACAGGGCUUAUUGCGGAUCUCUUCAGUCGGCCCGGUGGAUUGCGGCAUAUGACCAUCAAGCAAUUUGUUUCCAUUCUCAACUUUCUGUUCCAUCACAUCUGGCGCAAUCGAGUGACCGUGGGCCAGAACCACGUCGAAGAUAUCACAAGCGCAAUGCAGAAGCUGCAGUAUCCUUAUCCGGUGAACAAAUCAUGGCUGGUAUCGCCAACAACACAGCAUUCAUUCGGUCAUGUGAUCGUCCUGUUGGAUUUUCUCAUGGACUUUGUACCGCCUCUGCCCUCGUCGGAUGAGUUAGAAGAGGAGUUUCCGUUUAUGGAAACCAUGGAGCAGCCCAGCUCGUAUCUGAAUAGCAUGCACUGCGAGUCGACGGCCAUUAUGUCCACCACCCAGGCGCACGCCAUCCAGCUAGACGAAGAGGUGAAUGGCCUGCUUUUCGAAGAGGCUAGCAAAUGCAUUUCCCUGUGGGAUCAGGAGCUCACCAAUGAGGAGGCCAAGCUGCAGGCGGAGACCAGGGAUCAGGUGAUCAACAAGAAGUGUGAUUUGCCCAAUCGCAAGGCUUUAGACCAGAUAAUCUGCGAUCUGAAGACGAAGCUACAGCAAUUAGAGAAUAAGCUGCAUGAUCCUAGCGCUGACAAUAAACUAAACAAGCUAGAACGACUUACCAAAGAGCACGACCAGCUCGCCCAACAGCUAGCUGCCAGUCAAGAGGAGCUGACCAAGCAGCUGAAGCUAUUCGACCAGCUGUCUGCCCAGGCAGAAGAAAAGCAGUCGAAUCUUCGCCAGCAAAUGAAGUAUGAAAAGCGCCUGGAGCAGGCGGUUAACAGCCAGAAGUACACCGCCCAGCAGCUGAAGGAGCUUCAAAUGAAGUGCGACGAUAUGGAAAACUAUUCCAAGGCCUAUGAGCGUCAGGUGAAGGAGGUGUCCGAGCUGGAGCUCCAUCAGCAGGUGAUGCUGUCGCGAGCCAAGCAAAAACAACUGGAUUCCGUUGAGGUCUUCAACUCCCACGUGCGCCACCUGAGCAUGGAGCCGGUUAUUUGUGGCCUGAUAAAGGGCGGCAUUGGCCAGCAAUCGGAUCUUACUCUGCCGCUAAAUCCCAAUCAAAAAGAUAUUUCGGAGCGGGUACAGUGCCUGGAGCUGCUGGGCAAACUUCUACAGCAGCACCGCCAGCAGAAUAUCGAUCGGCGUCAGAUGUUGGACCAGCAGGUGGCCAAAAUAAAGUCCGAUUCCGUGGAGUUGGACACGGAAAUUGCUACGUUGGACUCUCAAUUGCGUGCGCAGAAGCAGCGCCUAACCAAAAUGGAGGCGAGCUAUCGGACCAAGCGGGACAUGCAUGCGCAGCACCGGCAGCAGCUGCUGGAGGAUCAGUAUGACCAGAUCGCCCGUCUGGGUGAGAUGGAGAAGCGGGAGAAGGAGGCGCUGGAGAAGCUGCAAGCCAGCAAGCAAAGGAACGAAGAUUUACUCACCGCCGCCGAGCAGUUUCAGGAGCAGGACCUCAAGGCUCGCAACGAACACCUCGAGAAAUGCGAGCAGAAGCUGGCAAAAGCGGAGAAGGACCUGCAGGCCCUGGAAUCAAAGGUCACCGCGUGUCAGGCCAAGCUGAGCGAUGAGGAGCAUAAGGUGUACUCCGCCAAGCUGCCAUCUUUCGAGCCAGUGCUGAAGGCCAUCAAGAAGCGUUGAUCCAGAUGUUUCGUUUCUUCUUUUUAUUUAUAAUCCAGUUGAUCUGUAAAGGUAGUUUGUUUAAAAGUUUCCGAAUUGAAAAAGCAAUGAAGCUGUCUUCAAAUGUUGUAUGAAA